AUGGGGACCAGCCAGAGGCAGGAGGAGCCUGGUGACACCGAUGGACAGGUGGGUGAGGGGCUAGGGGUGGCGACGCCCUGCAAUGCCAAUGGCAAGGCAGGUGCAGGUCACAAGGAUGGGGCUGCUGACUGUGACCUCGCAGGUGAGGAGCCUCAAAGUACCGUAAUCCAUAACCCCGGGGACGGCGCCAAGGAGUCCUCCGACAGCACCAACACCACCAUCGAGGACGAGGACACCAAAGCCCGCAAGCAGGAGAUCAUCAAGAUCACGGAGCAGCUCAUCGAGGCCGUCAACAACGGCGACUUCGAGGCCUACGCGAAGAUCUGCGACCCGGGGCUCACCUCCUUUGAGCCCGAGGCACUGGGCAACCUGGUGGAGGGGAUGGACUUCCACCGCUUCUAUUUCGAGAACUUGCUCUCCAAGAACAACAAGCCGAUCCACACGACCAUCCUGAACCCGCACGUGCACGUCAUCGGCGAGGACGCGGCCUGCAUCGCCUACAUCCGCCUGACGCAGUACAUCGACGCGCAGGGCCGGCCGCGCACCAGCCAGUCCGAGGAGACGCGCGUGUGGCACCGCCGCGACGGCAAGUGGCAGAACGUGCACUUCCACGGCUCGGGGGCCCCCGUGGCCCCGCUGCAGUGACGAGCUGGCGCUGGCUGUCCUGGUUCCAGCCCGGUGGAGACGGCGAUGGGAGCCGAGGCGGCAGCCGGAGCUGCGGCCCCCCCGAAGCACGCGUCCGCAUGCCUGUCCCCCCUUCCCCGGCCCCCGCUCCCCCCCCUCCGGUGCCUGUGUUUGCAGAAAACUAAAAGACAAAAAAAAAAAAAAAAAAAAAAAGCCAAAAUGAUGAAGGCCACAAAAAAAAAAAAGGAAAAAAAUAAAAAAAAAAGGGGGAAAACCCACCCCAAACCCCACCCACACCCCCAAACCCAACCCAGCCGCUCGGCCACAGGCGAGGGCGCUGGGGGGCUCAGCCCCCCACCUUGGCCCGUCUCUGCUGGGGGGGAAGGGGGGUCCCGGCCCCCCUCCCGGCUGUGCUCGUGGCGUGUUGCUGUCGCUGGUGGUGGAUGUUGUUCUUUGGGCUCCGCUUUGCUCUGUCCUGCCCCAGCCCCUGUACAUAGAGAGAGCUAUUUAUUUUUGAAUUCCCACGGGGGUCCCCGGCAACGGGGGGCUGCCGGAGGGGAGUGAGGUGGGGGGGACACGCAGAGACUCUCCCCCUCCAGCCCAGCCCAGUGCCUGCCCUGGGAGCGCUGCCCGAGGCUGACCCUGGGCUCUGCUGCGCAGGGAACACUGCGGGGGCCUGGGGGGCUCCACCCCGGCACCCCCGUGUCCCGCCCUGCUGCCCCCGCCCCAGCACCCCCGGGCGGGUUUUGGCAGGGGGGCGGCGGGUGCAGCCGGGGGGCGCGGGUUCGGGGCGGGGGGCUCAGGACGAUCCAGCCAGCACUGACGCAGCAUCGAAAGCACUUUAGACUAAGAGAAUGGGUCUCUUAGGGGGCACGGGCUGCUCCGCCGGGCACCCCCGGCACAGGGGCGCCGGCAGCACACCCUGCACCCCCUCCCACGGCCAGCGCCCGCGGGGACCCGGCCCCCGGGCCCCGGGGAGGCUCCACUCCACUCCCAGGCACUCCCCACCCUCCCCAGGGCACCCCCACCACGCUGAGGGCUGGUUUUGGCUGGGGGGGAGGGGGCGGGGCGGGCGGGGGAUAUUAAUUAUUUUUUAAUUAUUCUGAUGAUUUCUCUGCAUGCCCUUUGCGCGGGAGCAACCCUCGGGCGCUAACGCUGUAUGUUGAGGAGCUGAGCUGUUCCUGUCCCAUGAAUGCUGGUGGAUCGUUGCCAAAUUUUUCUCCUUCCUCCCCUUUUCUCUCAUUCUUUUUCUGUCUCCCCCUCCCCAGCAUAUCCCCCCCCCAUGCCCCUUCCCCAAAAAAAAAACCCUUUGUCUUUUCUUUCUGAGCCUUGUAAGUGUAAAAGAUGACUCUGAUUUCGUUUUUGUCUCGGGAAAACUGCAAAUAAAUUAUGAGGAAAAACCAAU